AUGUUAUUGUAUGUUAAUUUGUUAAAUAAUUUUUGCUCAGUGGUGGUAGUGUAUGUAUGGAGGUUUUAUAAUUGGGUUUGGUUGAAACCAAAGAAGAUGGAGAAGUGUCUAAGAGAUCAAGGACUCAAGGGAAACUCCUAUAAGUUAUUAUACGGAGAUGUGAAGGAGAUGGUGAAAAUGAUAACUGACGCUUAUGUUAAACCCAUUAAUCUUACUGAUGAUAUCCUGCCACGAGUUUUGUCAUUCGCUCAUUAUUCUGUUACUACUCACGGUAACAAUUGUUUUACAUGGGCGGGGCCAAUACCUGUAUUACAUACAACAGAUCCAGCAAUGAUAAAGGAAGUUUUUGGAAACUAUCAAGACUUUCAAAAGCAAAGAGGAGGAAACCCAUUAACGAGGUUGCUAGCAAAAGGGCUAGUGGACGUUGAGGGUGAGCGAUGGGUAAAACAUAGAAAGAUUAUCAAUCCUGCCUUUCAUGUUGAAAAGCUUAAGGUUAUGGUACCGACCUUUUAUGUUAGCUGUGAUGACAUGAUCAACAAAUGGGAAGAAAUAGUUAAGGAAGAAAGCUCGUGCGAAAUGGAUGUGUGGCCUCAUCUCCAAACAAUGGCUAGUGACGUAAUUUCACGUACAGCAUUUGGUAGUAGCUAUGUCGAAGGAAGAAAAAUAUUUGAACUUCAACGAGAACUAGCUGAAUUAAUAAUAACCGUUUCUCAAUCUAUCUACAUUCCAGGAUCACAAUAUCUGCCAACAAAAAACAACAAGAGGAUAAAGGUGAUUUACAAAGAAGUAAAGAGUUUGACAAGUGGUAUAAUUGAUAAACGAGCGGAUGAAAUGAAAGCGGGGAAAAGUUGCAAUGAUGAUCUUCUUGGCAUACUGCUGGAAUCUAACUAUAAAGAAAUUAAGCAGUUAGGGAAUAACAAAUUUGGACUUAGUAUUGAUGAUAUCAUUGAAGAAUGUAAGCUCUUCUACUUUGCAGGCCAAGAGACUACCGCAAAUAUGCUAGUUUGGACUAUGAUUUUGUUGGGUCAGCACAUUGAUUGGCAAGAUCGUGCCAGGGAUGAAGUUGUAAAGAUUUUCGGGAAGAAAAAACCAGAUAUGGAUGGGUUGGGUCAGCUGAAAGUUAUCAAUAUGAUCUUCCUCGAGGUUCUUAGGCUAUACCCUCCAGUAGUAGCAAUCCCGCGAAUGAUUCACAAAGAAACCGAAUUAGGAAACAUAACUUUACCUGGUGGAUCAUUCCUUGUGCUUCACACAAUGCUUUCACAUUAUGAUCCGAGAAUAUGGGGCGACGAUGUGAAGGAGUUUAACCCAGAAAGAUUCUCACAAGGUGUAUCAAAAGUAACCAAGGGACAAACAGUGUAUUUUCCCUUUGGAGGUGGUCCACGUGUAUGUAUUGGACAGAAUUUUGCUAUGUUGGAAGCAAAAAUGGCUCUUGUUAUGAUUCUAUCACGAUUUUCGUUUGAACUUUCUCCUUCAUAUUCGCAUGCUCCACGUAGCAUCAUCACUCUUCAACCUCAAUUCGGUGCCCACUUAACUCUGCAUAAACUCAAGUGCUAAGUAAAUGUGUUUUUAUUGAUGCAGAGUUGCAGACUGCAGAGUUGUAUUACACUAAAUUUCGUGGCUAAACCAUCUGCGUAUAGUCAAUAAGCGUUUAGCUUUG